GGUCUAGCUGGACAAGUUGAUUACUGGUUCUUUAAUGCUUUUCUUUAGUUAGAUUAUCUUGUUGGGGACGUGGAUAUACUGUUUGGUAAAAGAUUCUCCGAGUUGGGGUUCUAGAAAUCAACGAGUAUGUUUCUCAAGAUCCCACCGGGCUACCGGCUGUUUAAGGUUGUUUCUCAGAGCUGCCAUUGAAUAGUCUUGUUGAGUUUUUCAAGCUUCCUUCUGUCUUUUUGACAGAUGGGUUUCGCACUUCAUGGCAUGUUCAAACGUUACAUGAUGGUUCCGAAACCAACAAGCAGUUUUGGAGUCAGAAAGUGGGGAUUUUCUUCUGUUUUGUUUUUUUCUUUGAUGGGUUUAGGAAGUUUAGGUUGUUUGUACUCUACGUGGGGUUGAAUUUUAGAAUCUUGGGAGCGGGUUUAGAGCACUAAGUUUUUUUAUUUUGUGUCAGAAUUUUCUGGGUUUUCAUUUAUUGUUUUGUUUUUUUGGGUUUUUGUGGUGGUUUGAAGUUGGAGGGGACGAGGGGUUGACUUGAAGCGGUUGUUUGAUAUUGAUUAGUGUUUUUUUUUUUUUCGGAAGAGGAACUAGUAUUGGUGGUUUUUAAGUUGGUUUUCCUCCUUUCCCUCUGUUAUGGUGGUUUUGAGAGCUGUGCUGUAGAGGGUCUGUUCAACUUUUGAAGGUCGAAGGAGCUAAUUUGGUGGUCUUGCAGGGAGUAUUAGAAGUUGGUUCUCGGUCUCUUGGGGGUGGUUUCGCGCAAUAACUUUCUGGGUUCUUGCUGAAUAUGUUCGUAGGUUAGGGUGGUUUUGGUGCUGUGUUUGCAAAGUGGAGUUGCUGCAUUUGCGGUUUCUGUAAUGGAAAUAUCACGAUGUUGUUUUAACUUCUAUGGAGGAAAGAGCAUUUUGAUUGUUUUCGGAGUUUUAGGGGCUGAAUUCGAAGCUUCUGCUUGAUACUUUUGGAAAUUUGGGUGGUUUUAGGUCGACUGGUCUGUAAGUUUUGUCUCUGCUGAUUUUUUCCCCUCUCUUUCUGUAAUACUUUGUAGCAGUUUAGGGUGGUUGAGUUUUCUUUUGGCUACAAAUUGUGAAAAUGCACUUGAGUGGGUUGUCAGGGUGUGGUUAAAGAAUCGGUCUCAGGAUGAGUUUAAGCUUUUCUGGGUGAAUCUGGACAGGACUUCGUGCACUCUGCCCUGAACCGAGGGUGAAUUUUAGGUGUUUCAUGCUUUGGGUGUGAUUGUAUGCUUCAUUAUCCUAAAAUUAGAGGGGUUGUCUAAAGCCGAUUCUUAAGAGUCGAGGUUUUAGUUUGACCUGUAAUUGCUUGAAAUUGCUUCGGUUCGAACUCCAGAGCAAAGAUUUCUUCCUAUUUUCCGUCUGAAAUGGCCUGUAUGAAGCUGGGAUCCAAAACUGAUGCAUUCCAACGGCAAGGACAAGCCUGGUUCUGUACAACUGGACUUCCUAGUGAUGUUGUUGUUGAAGUUGGAGAUAUGACCUUCCAUCUCCACAAGUUCCCAUUGCUUUCUCGGAGUGGGGUUCUGGAAAGAUUGAUUGCGAAAAAAUCAAAAGGAGAGGAGGGUUGUGUCAUAAAUCUGCCUGACAUCCCUGGUGGGACCAAAACAUUUGAACUUGUUGCCAAGUUCUGCUAUGGGGUAAAACUUGAACUCACUGCUUCAAACAUUGUGUACCUCCGAUGUGCUGCUGAGCAUCUUGAGAUGACCGAGGAAUAUGGGGAGGGAAAUCUUAUUGCACAGGCUGAGGUCUUUCUCAAUCAAGUUGUCCUUCGUAACUGGAAAGACUCUCUGAAGGCCCUCCAAACCUGUGAGGAUGUCCUCCCCCAGGCUGAAGACCUUCACAUUGUUAAGAGGUGCAUUGAGUCAUUGGCUGUAAAGGCUUGCACAGACCCUAAUCUGUUUGGUUGGCCUAUGAUGGAGCAUGGUGGACCCAUGCAGAGCCCUGGUGGAACUGUCUUAUGGAAUGGAAUUAGCACAGGAGCCAGGCCAAGGAACUCAAGUUCAGAUUGGUGGUAUGAGGAUGUAUCAACUUUAAGUCUGCCCCUCUAUAAGAGGCUCAUCUCAGUUAUGGAAUCUCGAGGCAUCAGACAGGAGACUAUUGCUGGAUCCCUCACUUUAUAUGGAAAAAGGUACCUGCCAGGGCUGAACAGGCGUCAGGGUGUUAGUGAGUCUAGUACCUGUCUUGCACCUGUACCUUUGGAGUCCCCACCAUCUGAAGAAGACCAGAAGGUUCUACUUGAAGAAAUUGAUCGAUUACUGCCAAUGCAGAAGGGGCUAACCUCGACCAAGUUCCUUUUUGGCCUACUUCGUACUGCUUUGAUCCUUCGGGCAAGCCCAUCUUGCAUAUCAAACUUGGAGAACAGGAUUGGUAUGCAAUUGGAUCAAGCUACCUUAGAAGACCUCUUGAUGCCCAACUUCUCUUAUUCCAUGGAAACACUCUACAAUGUUGAUUGUGUACACCGCAUUCUAGAGCACUUCUUGGCCAUGGAUCAGGCAACAGGUGGAGCCUCCCCAUGCUCAGAUGAAGGCCAGUUGAUAGGCUCACCUUCUCUGACACCAAUAACCAUGGUGGCCAAGCUGAUUGAUGGAUAUCUUGCAGAGGUCGCCCCUGAUAUUAAUUUAAAGCCCCCAAAAUUUCAGUCACUUGCUGCUGCAGUCCCUGAGUAUGCAAGGCCAUUGGAUGAUGGGCUUUAUCGUGCAAUUGACAUAUAUCUGAAGGCACACCCAUGGCUCACAGAUUCUGAAAGGGAACAGCUCUGCAGGCUAAUGGACUGCCAGAAGCUUUCCUUGGAAGCUUGCACCCAUGCUGCACAGAAUGAGAGGCUACCCCUAAGAGUUGUGGUCCAAGUUCUCUUUUUUGAGCAGCUCCAGCUGAGGACUUCGAUUGCAGGCUGCUUUCUUGUCUCUGACAACCUUGAUGGAUCAAGACAGUUGAGGAGUGGGUUUGCAGGGUCAAAUGAAGGCGGCUGGACCACAGCUGUGAGGGAGAACCAGGUGUUGAAGGUUGGAAUGGAUAACAUGAGGAUGCGAGUAUCUGAACUCGAGAAGGAAUGUUCAAGCAUGAGGCAGGAGAUUGAGAAACUUGGUCGGGGGAAGAAUUCUGGCACGUGGGGCAACAUGUCAAAGAAAUUUGGGUUGAAGAUCAAGUCACAGAUGUGCAGUGCUCAAGAGGGGUCUGUCAGCAACCAGAGCAAAGGUGGAAAUAACAAGGUAGAGAAGGUGAAGGACAGGCAUGGUAAACAUAAUAAAAAGUUGUCUGUAGAGUAACUUAUUGUCUAUUUUGUUUUCCAUGCCUUGUUUUUCCUUUUUUUUUUUUUUUUUUGGGCGGGGGGGCUCAUUCAGUUCAUUUCAUUGUUUGUACCUUUGAUUUAGUUCCAAACUGUGAAUUUCCAUCUCUUUCUUUGGGUCAUUCUUGUGUGAUUUUGAAUUCCUUCCUUGUUUCUUUUGUUUUACUCUUUCGACCUUGUAAAGGAGAUGGAAAUAGAAAGUCCUGUAACUUAAAAGUUUCUUGAAGAUGUAACCAAUUCUCUCUGUGUGUGUUAUGAGAAUAGA